ACUCUCACCCCUCGACUUUUGGCCGGGAUCUGUGCUGAGCUGGCCGCAGCCGCUCUCAGCAGCACUCGGACAUCUCAGGACAGCAGCAGGACUGCUGGCCUCAGGAACCAUGCCCACCGUGGACGACAUUCUGGAACACAUAGGGGGAUUCCACUUUUUCCAGAAACAAACGUUUUUCCUCCUGGCUCUGCUCUCGGCUGCCUUCGCGCCCAUCUAUGUGGGCAUCGUCUUCCUGGGCUUCACCCCCGACCACCACUGCCGCAGCCCCGGGGUGGCCGACCUGAGCCGGCGCUGCGGCUGGAGCCGGGCAGAGGAGCUGAACUACACGGUGCCGGGCCCGGGGCCCGCGGGCGAGGCCUUUCCGCGCCAGUGCAGGCGCUAUGAGGUGGACUGGAACCAGAGCGCCCUGCGCUGCGUGGACCCCCUGGCUGGCCUGGCUGCCAACAGGAGCCACCUGCCGCUGGGCCCCUGCGAGCACGGCUGGGUGUACGACACGCCCGGCUCCUCCGUCGUCACCGAGUUUAACCUGGUGUGUGCCAAUUCCUGGAUGCUGGACCUGUUUCAGUCAUCAGUGAACGCAGGAUUUUUUAUUGGCUCUGUGGGUAUCGGCUACAUCGCAGACAGGUUUGGCCGUAAGCUCUGCCUCUUAAUUACAAUCCUCAUAAAUGCCACAUCUGGAGUUCUCAUGGCCAUUUCCCCAAACUAUACAUGGAUGUUAAUUUUUCGCUUGAUCCAAGGACUGGUCAGCAAAGCAGGCUGGUUAAUAGGCUACAUCCUGAUUACAGAAUUUGUGGGGCCGAGCUAUCGGAGAACAGUGGGGAUUCUUUACCAAGCUGCCUUUACCGUUGGGCUCCUGGUGCUGACCGGGGUGGCGUAUGCACUUCCUCACUGGAGGUGGUUACAGUUCGCAGUUACUCUGCCCAACUUCUGCUUCUUGCUCUACUACUGGUACAUACCUGAGUCUCCAAGAUGGCUGAUAUCCCAGAACAAAAAUGCUAAAGCCAUGAGGAUCAUUAAACACAUCGCAAAGAAAAAUGGAAAAUCUCUGCCUGUCUCUCUUCAGAGCCUGAGACCUGACGAGGAAGUGGACGAGAAGUUGAACCCUUCCUUUCUUGACUUGGUCAGAACCCCUCAGAUAAGGAAACGUACUUUGAUCUUGAUGUACAACUGGUUCACGAGCUCUGUUCUCUACCAGGGCCUCAUCAUGCAUGUGGGCCUCGCAGGGGACAAUAUCUACCUGGAUUUCUUCUACUCUGCGCUGGUUGAAUUCCCAGCUGCCUUCAUGAUCAUCCUCACCAUUGACCGCAUUGGUCGCCGUUAUCCUUGGGCUGUGUCAAAUAUGGUGGCAGGAGCAGCCUGUCUAGCCUCAGCUUUUAUCCCUGAUGAUCUACGGUGGCUAAAAACUAUUGUUGCGUGCUUGGGCAGAAUGGGGAUUACAAUGGCCUUUCAAAUGGUUUGCCUGGUCAACACGGAACUGUUCCCCACAUUCAUUAGGAAUCUUGGUGUCCACGUCUGUUCCUCAUUGUGUGACAUUGGUGGCAUCAUUGCGCCAUUCCUGGUGUUCCGGCUCACUGAUGUCUGGCUUGAGCUCCCGCUGGUGGUUUUUGCUGUGUUUGGCUUGGUUGCCGGAGGACUGGUGCUGUUGCUACCAGAGACCAAAGGGGAGGCUUUGCCUGAGACCAUUGAGGAAGCGGAAAACAUGCAGAGACCAAGAAAAAAUAAAGAAAAGAAGAUUUACCUCCAAGUUAAGAGACUAGACGUUCCAUUAGGCUAAGAAGAAAGGCCGUUACUCCUGCUAUGUCCUUGCUUUGGUGAUGCCAAGGCUGGAAGCAGAGGUUUCUUCACUCACCACAAAGCCCAAAUGGUCCAACCUUCCCUACCC